CGCCGCUAUCAAAGACAUAAAUGAUAACUUAAUUACUUCUUGCUUCAUUUUAACUUACACUCGCUCUCUCUUUCCCAUUUAAUCAAUAUUAUUUUACGCAAAAAAUAAUAAUAAGAAAGCUGCUCUCAUUAAUGGAGUUUUGAAGAAAAAUGAAUUCAAUACAACCUAACGCUAACAGAAAAGAUAUCUUGUAUCUGAAAAGAACGCCGACAGUGACAUAUGACUCUAGUUCAGGCAAUCCAAUACCAGAUGUCAUCAAAAAAUAUUAUGUCCAACAGCAGUUGCCCGUCAGAAAUCAAAGCCUUGUUGCUAAUAGUGCGAGCUAUAGGAGAGAUAAGAGAAAACCAAAGCCUCGUCGACGAUGUACCUCGCCGCCUAAUUUGAUAGCUAGUCCCACUCAGAAAGAUUUACCCAACGCAGUGAACGAAACCACAUCUAACAUCAUCAUUACUGCUUCGCCAAAAUCUAAUGAAAACUCACUGAACCGUCUAACUUUUAAUCUUACCCAUAAUACUAUUGAAAAGAUCGACAUGGGAGCCAGUAAUGCAUUGAACGAUAAGAAUGACAAUAACAUCGACCGUGAUGAUGCCGAUGAAGAGUUUAAUUUCGUUAAUAGACCUCCUUCUUCGCUUAUUUGCAUUCGACCUGUAAACCCAAGUGAUGGCGAAGAAAAUAGUCUGGAUGAAGACUUAUAUGACGAUGAUGAUAUGAUUACAGCACAUAGUAUUUUUUUGGAUAGAGAAGGCGAUUCAUCUGAUGAAUCUUCCCCUCCUCUUAUUGCUGCUCUGAAAUCUGUAGAGUCCAAAGAUAGAUUAGAAGAUACACCACCAUUAUCUGCAACAAAUAAUUAUAGCUCAACUCAUCUUUUCCCAUUACCGCCGCAGCAAAAUACUGUUCGACGGUCAACAGAUACAGAAUUUUCUGACAUAUCCGAUGUGAUUAUACCAGCAACUAAUACAAUCACUGAUAACUAUAUUAACAGUAACAACAAUUCAGUCACCACACUGCAAGAAAAGGACAACAUACAGCGCGAUCAACAACACGAAUCGAGUAAUACGAGCCGAUCAGAGGCACUCCUUAUUUACACAGCUCUCUUGUCUGAAAUAGCAAAGGAGUUUGCCCAAAGAAUAUCAGUAUUCUCAAAAAUGAUAAAGCAUGAGAUGACAUGGCAUGAUGCUUUUACAGGAAAAGAAGCCAUCGAUUGCUUGCUCUCCGUACUUCGUACCAACAACCGUACGGAAGCAAUUGAAAUUGGCAACAACUUACUGAAACAAGAGUUUCUCCAUAGUGUGGAUGACGAGACCCCAUUUCUGAUUGAUUCAACUACCGAGCUAUAUACUUUGAGAGACACCGUAAGCGUACUAUCAUCUUCAGAAGAAGAAGACGAUUUAUCAAUUGACACCCCGAAAGAAGGUUAAGAGCGAUCUUUUUGUUGAAUGAUGACAGACAUACGUUGUAUACCUGACGAUCCUUAAUCAAAUUGUAAAGUAGAUAUAGUGUCGACUGGUGCCAAUAUCCCUACUGGAGUUUAUACAG